AUGUCCAAAAGAGCAGCAGAGGACGUUGUGGACGGCAAUUCUGCCAAAAGAGACCCAAAUGCCACCACAGAGGCACACAUGGCAGAGGAGGUCGACGAUUACCGCUCGAAGGUGGAAGGCGACAUGGAAGACCUUUCCGGAGACGACUAUGAGAGUGAAGGAGAAAUCAUAGAGAUAGACACCUCUGGGGAGGAAGACAACGACCAGCCAAUGGAGGAAGUGCAGGAGGCACUGCAAAAGGCAAAUGAGGGCGACACAGAACCGGCCAAAGGCGAAAAGGAGCUGUAUUUGCCUCAUCGAUCCAGACCCCUUGGACCAGACGAGGUGCUCGAGCCAGAUCCGAGUGUCUACGAAAUGCUGCAUAACGUGAACAUGCCGUGGCCUUGUCUCACCGUGGACGUGAUGCCGGACAGUCUAGGCUCUGAGAGGCGGGGAUAUCCGGCCACGAUGUACGUGACCACCGCCACGCAGGCCGAAAGAAACAAAGAUAAUGAGAUGAUCGUGAUGAAGCUGUCGUCGCUGGCCAAGACUCUGGUGAAAGACGACGACGAAGACGACGACGACGACGACGACGAUGAUGAGGACGAGCACGACCCUAUUUUGGAAAGCGAGACCGUUUCUCUGAGCCACACGACCAACCGACUCCGUGUAUUUCCUCUGGCACAGAAAACAGGCAAAUAUUACACUGCCACCAUGUCGGAGAGUGCCGAGGUGUUGAUUUUCGAUUUGAGCGCGCAAAUGAAGGCCUUCGACACUCCAGGGUACGUGAUUCCGAAACAGAACAAGCGGCCGCUGCAUAUUGUCAAGAACCACGGAAAUGUCGAGGGAUACGGACUCGACUGGUCGCCGCUUGUAGACUCUGGUGCUCUGCUGAGUGGAGACAUGUCGGGCAGAAUUUAUCUGACGAACGGCACGGGCAGCAAGUGGGUGACGGACAAGACGGCCUAUCAGGCCAGUAAUGCAUCGAUCGAGGACAUCCAGUGGUCCCGGUCCGAAACGACGGUUUUUGCAACCGCAGGAACAGACGGCUAUGUCAGAAUAUGGGACACCAGAUCCAAGAAGCACAAGCCUGCGCUCAACGUCGUGGCCUCCAAGACCGACGUGAACGUGAUCUCCUGGUGCGACAAGCUCGACUAUCUGCUAGCAUCUGGCCAUGACGACGGAACCUGGGGCGUCUGGGACCUUAGAAACUUCCAGCCUGGUAGCCAGCCUUCCCCGGUUGUCUCUUACGAUUUCCACAAGUCUGCCGUCACCUCCAUUGCAUUCAACCCGUUGGACGAGUCUAUUGUUGCUGUUUCGUCCGAGGACAACACGGUGACCCUAUGGGACCUGGCUGUGGAGGCCGACGACGAGGAGAUUAAGCAGCAGAAAGAGGAGUCCAAGGAGCUGUCCGACAUUCCACCUCAGCUGCUGUUUGUGCACUGGCAGAAAGACGUCAAGGACGUGAGAUGGCACAAGCAGAUUCCUGGUGCUUUGGUCAGCACGGGAACGGACGGUCUGAACGUCUGGAAGACCAUUUCUGUGUAA